AUGCUCUUCUACUCGACAACAAUUUUCCUCAUACGUGAUCCGUUUCGAAAAGUUUUUCUUUCGAGUGAUGUGCCGUUGUCUGUUGUCAUCACCCACACGUGGUUCGCGCCAAUAUUGUGCCCCUUUAUUGCAAUUUUAUUGUAUUUUUGUUUUUGGCUCCCCUUUACAACUCUACCUAGUACUUCCUUGGUACCAUCAUAUUCUUUUGCUUUAUCAACAUUUGCGAUCUCGGCUUGGUUGGAAUCCUUUGCAGAACCUUAUGUUAUAUUAUCACUCCGAUAUGGCUUGGAUGCUCAAUAUGCAUUCAUUCAAGCUUUUUUGCUUAUAAUGCAACGAGUUUUUGUACUUGUUCUAGUCAAUACGAUGUCAUUCGUUCCUGUUUAUGCAUUUUGUUUUGCGCAGGUUCUAUCAUCUUGUUGUUACACUCUUCUAUGUAUAUAUUUAUUAAUUUCCAAUAUUCGUCGUGCUGGAAUAUCUAUUAAAGGAUUCGAUGUUGUAUAUCUUUAUCCUCAUUUUCCAGGAGCUUUAUCAAAAGAGAAUAUGUCAGUACUCGGAACAUUUAUGGUUCAUUCGAUUUUCAAACAAGUACUUACUGAUGGCACUGGUUAUGUCUUAACAUUCACAAAUUUCUUUACUUUAUCAGAUCAAGCUGUCUUUGAUGCUGUUGAAAAAAUUGGUAGCUUGGUUGCUCGGAUUAUAUUUGCACCUGUGGAACAUUCUGCUUAUUUAUAUUUUUCGUCAUGUUUUCGAAGAGCAUCUUCGAUGGAAAGCAGAAACGAGGUUGAAGUAAAAAAAGGUCUGAAUGCAAUGAAUGGUCUCCUGCAUAUUGUUGCUGUUAUUGGUAUUGUUGUAUUCACUUUUGCUUUAACUUAUUCACCUCUUGUUGUAAAAUUGUAUGGUGGUGAUUUGUUGGUCAACAGUUUAGGAGCGAAUAUUUUGAGAUUUUACUGUUUUUAUAUAAUUGUCAUAGCAAUCAAUGGUGUUACAGAAUGUUUUGCCAUGGCUACAAUGAGUAAAGAACAGCUUUGUUCUCACGGUUGGUUUCUAGUUUUAUCCUCACCGCUGCACAUAUUGUUGUCGUCGUUACUUUCUUACGUACUUGGUUCGUAUGGUUUGAUAUUGGCAAAUGUAAUCAAUAUGGUGAUGAGAAUAGCAUACUGUUGGCAACAUGUCCGUCGAUUCUCCUGUGGACAAGUCAAUUUUUUAAAAAUUUUUCCAGAUUUUUCUACGAACUUUAUCUUAUUUUUUUGUUUGAUCAUCACAUCUAUUUCACUUUUGAUUUUUGGUCAAGUCGAUGGAAUUAUGUAUAGUGCUGCGCAUGUGGCUGUUGGAGGCGCCCUUCUACUCGUUGUUGUCAACCAUGUUUAUCAAAAUGAUAUUCAGCUAGCUAAAUUUUUACAUGACCGAUUUUUAGAAGUUCAUGAAGAUUAG